GAUAAAUAAAACACUUUUAAUUGGAAGUGACUUUAUGUAAUAAUAACUAUAAUUUUGUUGUGACUGUGAACCUUAAUUUUAACACUUUAAAUACAGCAUAUUCCAUUGUUUAGAGAUCAUCCAAGAGUCUUAACAGUAGGUUGUAUUCCCACUAAUGAGUAACUGAUCUUUCAGUCAUCUUUAGAUCCUUGUCCAGUUAGCAACACUUCCUCAGACUGCUGUCAUAGACAUUUUUAAACUCCUGGAGGUAUUGUGCUAGGAUUAAAGGAGUUAUUCAGGCACUGGUAUGAUUACAUGCAUUUUAUGUUAAUUUAAUAAAAUAAAACCUCAACAGUUUUGAUUGAAAGAGCAGUUAUUAAAUAUUACUUCCUUGGCAUUUAAUUCUUCCCCCCUUUAAAACUUAGCAAUAGUACUUUGUACUGUUUUGGAAAACACUGUCUUAUGUUUGAUUGUAGCCAUGCAUUUUAGGCCCUUUGUCAGUAUUUAUUCAGAGUAGUAUUCAUCAUAGUAGAAGUCUUAAUACAUGCCAUAUUACAGUAAGAGUAACAAGAGUUUCAGUAUUUAUUCAGAAGCAGUUGUUGAGUUUAGGGAAAGUGUUAUCGGGUUUCUGAUUCCUUUGUUACUGCGUCACUAGAACAAAAAUAAAAAGGGAAUUCUAGAUAUGGGUGGUUUGAACAGAACAGCAGAUAGAGGUGAGGAGAUUUGAAAGUAGAUGCCCAUGGCAUGCAAGUGAGUUUUCAGUUGAGAGUUGCAGUUGAUUGGUGAGAGAGUCACUUUGAGGGUAGGACAGGAUUAGAGCUUAUAAAUGGACUCUUCUGAUAUGUGACAUUUUCCCUUGUGAGAACUGGUUAAGAAGAUAAGGAAGUUUUAAUUUCUUGGUGACUUUUAUAAGCUGUGUUAGGAUUUCAGUAGUGGUUGGUUUGCUUUCAAGUAUCUAGAAUAGGCAUGCCUUACUUUCACUUUGUUCUGUCAAGCUCUAAAAGUCCUUCUCUGCACAAUCUUGUACAUUUUCAUUUUGGUGUAGAAAAUCUUGGUAAGUUUCAUCCUGUCCUCAGAGUAGUCACAGGACAACAGAAGGCUUAAGAGUUCCAUCCUAAUCCAUGCUGCUUUCUGUGCAAGUCAUCUUAGGAGGAAGUAAGAGGGAGACACUAGAAAGAAAGAAGCCUCUUCUAACAUGGACAAGUGAAAUAGCUAUUGUGGUGGAUUUUUAAUUUUGGCUGAAUUACCCUUUCUGAUGAGAAUUUUAGUUAGAGAUUUAGACAAAGAUUGUUUAAUAAUUAUUGAAGGGCUGAUAAAAUGGUUCAACAGGUAAAGUUGCUUGCUGUCAAGCCUGAUGACCUGAGUUCAGUCCCAAAACUCCACAUGAUGGAAGGAGAAAACUGACUCCUGAAAAUUGUCCUCUGACUUCCAUACAUUCAUGCGCACGCGCACACACACACACACACACACUAAAUGUUUAAAAAAUUGUAAAGUUAAAUGGCCUUCAAAUUUAAGUUUCAUGACUUUGUAGUUGUAAAACUAGUCUGUCUUUUUGUUAAAUAUGACUAUAUCAUAUUUUUAGUCUGGAUUUUUUGUUUGUGUAUUUGUUUUCACAUGUAUGUGGGUACGUAUGUGUGUGCAUGUGUGUAUAUGCCAGAGAUUGACAUCAAGUGUCUUCCUCCAUCACUCUCCACCAAAUACAUUGAGGCAGAAUUUCUCACUAGAACCUAGAGCUCACUAAUUCUACUAGUCCAGGCAGUUUACCCUGAGUAUCCCAUCUCUGGCUCUCAAGCAUGGGAAUUAAAGGUGAGCUGCCACACUGACUUGACAUGUAUAUGCUGGAGAUUUGAACUCAGGUCCUUUCAUUUGCAUGAUAGCACAUUAUCUGUUGAUCUAUUUCCCCAGCCCCGGUAUUUGGAUUGUCUAUGGGCACACAAUUGUUAAUUUGUUAAUUUUUUUUCUUGGUUAGGCCUUUUUGUUGAGGUAAUUUGUGUUUAAAUGUUAGCUUAUACAGGAAGUUAGCUUUCCUAACUAUUUGGCAAUUGAAAAUACACAUUUCUGUUUUUGUUUGUGUUGUUGUUUCUUGUCUUAAGGCAACAGCCUGAUAAGAAUAUUGUAGGGUUUCUACAGUAGAUGUCUCUGUAGGCAGUUUAUAUCAUUCUUGAUUUAUAGAGAGUGUGGGGUACAUGGUGGUCUAUUAAAUAUUUUUAUGAAAAUAAUUCUUUCCUUAAUUUAAAUAGCUUAAACCCCUCCUGUUACUUGAGUUUAGGUCAUAUAGCAAAUUUUGAUAUAGAAGUAAAUCAACUACCAAAUUAAAUGCAUGUGUGCCAUGUAGAUAAUAGUUACUGAGAAGUGACUUACAUUAGUUUAAUCAUCAGAAACUGUCAUUUUGAUUGUACUUAAUAAGUCACUUCUAAGCUCAUCUAAAAUGUACUUGUGUAUACUUACAAUUACAUUGCAUGGCUUUCUGACUUGGGUUCUUGUUGUAAACAUGCCUGUUUUGUUCAUGUGUCUUGAGAGAACAAGCAUUGUGACAUACCUGGCUAAGUUAAAAUAGAUUGCCUGUGAAGCACAAUUUGAGUCCAGUUUUUUGAGGUGUGGAGUUUUAGCUAUCGUGGCUGGGUUUUUACUCAAUCUCAAAUAAUAGGGCUCUGGUUAUUUUGCAGAGUGUCUCUGAAGAAUGGACAGAAUUGCCCUGGCUAACUACAAGCUACGGUUCACAGUGGAUAAAUAGAUGCUCGCGUGGUAAAAGACAUGGCUACAGGGAAGUCUAAGGGAUACGGCUUUGUCUCCUUUUUCAACAAAUGGGAUGCAGAAAAUGCCAUUCAGCAGAUGGGUGGCCAGUGGCUUGGUGGAAGACAAAUCAGAACUAACUGGGCAACCCGAAAGCCUCCAGCUCCAAAGAGUACAUAUGAGUCAAACACCAAGCAGCUGUCGUACGAGGAGGUUGUCAGUCAGUCCAGCCCCAGCAACUGCACUGUGUACUGCGGAGGGGUGACGUCGGGACUGACAGAACAACUAAUGCGUCAGACUUUUUCUCCAUUUGGACAAAUAAUGGAAAUUCGAGUCUUCCCAGAUAAAGGAUAUUCAUUUGUUCGGUUCAAUUCCCAUGAAAGUGCAGCACAUGCGAUUGUUUCUGUUAAUGGUACCACCAUUGAAGGGCAUGUGGUGAAAUGCUAUUGGGGCAAAGAGACUCUUGAUAUGAUAAAUCCCGUGCAACAGCAGCAAAAUCAAAUUGGAUAUCCACCAGCAUAUGGCCAGUGGGGCCAGUGGUAUGGAAAUGCACAACAGAUUGGCCAGUAUGUGCCUAAUGGUUGGCAAGUACCUGCCUAUGGAAUGUAUGGCCAGCCGUGGAGCCAGCAGGGAUUCAAUCAGACCCAGUCUUCUGCACCAUGGAUGGGACCCAAUUACAGUGUGCCGCCACCUCAAGGCCAAAAUGGCAGCAUGCUUCCUAAUCAGCCUGCUGGGUAUCGAGUGGCAGGGUAUGAAACCCAGUGAGAAGAGACUACAAAAUGGAAGCCAGUGGCUUGACGCUGCAGGGAGGGUAGGAAAGCUGUUGUUUACUUAAAGAUUUAUCAAAUCAGUCAGUACAAAUGCCAGAUAAUGAUGUAUUUAUUUAAAAGAUUCAUUUUUUAAUCAUGAAAUUACUUUUCAUCCACAUUGUUUUAAAAAGGAACAAGAUGGUGGAUGUCUGCCAAUUUUUGCCUUCAUUAUCUUUUUUUGAUAAAGUUUCUCAGAUCCUUGUUUCAAAGACAAAUGCAGGGAUUGCUGCCACUUUUUAAAAAUUGAGGCAGAAAAUUGCACAAUAUUGAACUUUCCACUAAAGUAGCGUGCAUUUUUAGUUUGCAUUCCUGAUAUGAUUUAAAACAUGUAAUAUAGAUGUAAAAAGAAAAGCCAAACUUGUGCAAAGUCUAGAAGUUCUUUAUAACUUUCAGCGUAUGCACAGUUCUGUGUUAGUUUUAAAGAGUAGGCAUUACGUGACCUAUACCAUCUCCACUGUUAGCCCUUUGGAAUUUUUAAAUGUAAAUUAUUAGUUUAUAUCAUUUUGUAUCUACAUUUUUUUCACAAAUUUGUCCUGCCUUAUAAAAAUUCUGUAACAUAUUCUUAAAUGAAAAAAAAAAUGAUGUUCACUUAGAUUGAAAACUUUUCUCAGAUGGACUGAUAACUGCAUUCAUCUUGUUUUUAUAUGAGAAGGUGCCUCAAGGAUUCCCAUUUGGAUUUCUUUAAAGGGAUUUUUAUCUUCUGUGAUAAACUUUGCCAUCUACCAGGAACUAUAAAAACAACAGCUUGUGACUAAGGAGACUGCAGUGUGCUAAGUCCUCACCCACAUCAGCUUCACGUUUCAGCAUCUACGUUUACAUGUGUUGUUUUCUGAGAUAGUUCCUUCCGCAAGGCAUAGUUUGCAGUUAGCAAACUUUGUAUGUCAUUCCCUUCCUAAAGGUGUCAUGAAGAGUUGACGUGAGACGGGUUUUACGUUUGCAUGUGAAUAUCACAUACGUACUUUGGUAGUCCUUGAUACAAACUCAUCUGUUCUUGUUUUUCAAGAAUUUUGAGACACAAAGUUGUAUGUAAAGGAAUAUAUUAAUUUGUGUUUUCUAGUAGAUUUACUUAAAAAAGUAAAUCCAUUUUAAUAUGUACAAAUGAUAGCUGUGAAACUGUAGAAUAUUCCUCUGUCGGGUUUGGGGUUCCUUAAGAACUCCAAAAUUAGCCUGAAGGACCAGCCGGGCAAAACAUUUUUUAAAUAUUCAGAGGCCAAAAUAUGAACAAACAAAAAAAAAAAUAAGAAACCCUUAAAAUCCUACCUCCUUAAAUAGCCAUCAAGGAAGAGACUCCUCAGCACAGGCAUGACUUUGGUUCUUUGGUACCUGAUCUCUUGGAGCUUCCACAUUAUUUUUGAGGUUUGCUCUUUGAUGGCAUUGUUCUAGCCUUGGGAUUUCUAAUACAUUUCAGAGUCUCUUGGUUUGGUUUGGUUUCAGUGAUGACCACAACCUCCUCCUUGACAUCAGAGAGGAAGGAGCCCCUGUGAAUUGUGGGUUUUGAGACCUGCAGAGAGCUCCCAGCAUUUUACUUAGGCCUGUGGAAUCGGAAGCAUUUCCUGGCCUGUGUCUUCCAGGUAGGAGCACAUGACUCUAACUUGUUUUCUAAGCCAGUCCUCUUAUAAAGCAGAGCCCAGGAAGACAGCUCAAAAUGCGCGCUUCUCUGGAGCUCAGUUCUAUGCAGUCGUGCUGAUGUUUCAUUAAGUCACUGUGUAUUUUUAAGUACUAAUACAUUGAAAUUUGCUUUAUGGAAGAUGAAUAAAUUUUUUAAAUACUUGGAAAUUUUAUUUCUUUGUAAAGUUCUACAGAUCAGGACAGGCAAUAAAAGCAGCUUAAAUGAAAUACUUAAAAAAAUUUUAAGAAAAAUAAAUCAUACACAUCAGGAAACUAUUUUGGCUAAUUUUUUUAGCUUUUUUUUUCCUUCUGACUUUUGUUUCUGUAUUAUCACCCUCAGUAUUUUUCUCUAUUAAAUAAUUUUACUUCCUUUGCAACUCAUAGACUGCAGGAUCAUUUGGGCACAAGUAAUUUAUUUUGUACAGAAGUGUAGCUUCUCUCUUCUUUCGACUCAGUACUGAGGACUUUUAUUAGCAGCAUGUUCUUAUUGCACAGAUCUUAAAAUUCAUGUUGAUUUGUUGUUGAGAAGGUGGUGGUGACGUGUUCCUGAUGAAAGACUGACAUUUUAGGAACAUGGCUGGCUUUGGUUUAAUUUCAAUGUUCAAUCAUUUAAAUCAAUUUUCAACCUAAAAAUCUUCAUCCUGGUAUAAGUAUCAGGUAAGGAAAUCAAGGUUUUUAAAGUGAACUUCUUUGCAAUAUGCAUUUGAUUUUACUCUCUGGUACUGUAAAGAACCUGAGUGACUCUCAGUGGGUCAUGGAGCCAGUAUUCUUUAUCCUGACUGUUUGGAUAUUAAAAUUCCUUUAUGUUUUCUAUGA